AUGGCCCCGAAAAUCCUGGUUGGUACUGGUACUUGGGGUCACAACUAUGGGAUAGACCAGGUUCGUGACCAGAUCGCACAGCUAGAUAAGCUAGAUUGCCAACAGAUCGAUACCUCCGCUCUCUACCCGUUUACCAAUCCAGGUGUGGCAGAGACCAUCCUCGGCGAAAUUGGACAUGAGGGCAUUCUUGUCGACACCAAGACGAUGUGGUUCGACGGCGGCAACAAUACCCUUACAGUCGACGCGGUCCGGAAGUCCAUGACUGAAAGCUUAGAGCGCCUCAAAACCAAAAAGGUCAACACCUUCUACGCUCAGGGUCCAGAUCAUGUCACUCCCCUCAAGGAUCAAGCUGCCGCAUUCGAUGCCGUGUACCGGGAAGGCAAAUGCACGAAGACGGGCAUCUCCAACUUUUCACCUGAGUCUUUCGAAGAAUACCUUAACAUAUGCGAAGAAAUGGGUUAUGUGAAACCACGCGUCUUUGAGGGGCAGUAUAACCUUCUAUGCCGUACUUACGAGACGACAUUAUUCCCUCUUCUUCGCAAGUACGGCAUAUCUUUCGUGGCAUACUCACCCCUAGCUGGGGGUAUGUUGACGGGCAAAGUCACUUUAUCGAAAAACAACCCCGAUGCUCUUCGGGGGACUCGCUUUGAGGUCUCCAAGGACAAUCUUAUGGGUAUGGCAGGCAGGCACUGGUACGACAAACCAGCCUUUCACGACGCAAUUCGCAAGCUGGAUUCGCUUUGUAAGGCUCAUGGAGUCGACAUGAUCGAUGCUAGCAUGCGGUGGAUAUUGAACCACUCUAUCUUGGACGGGGAACAAGGAGAUUGUGUUAUCGUGGGACCUCGCAGUCAGAAUCAGUUAGAUACUUAUGCUUCUGCAAUCCAUGGAGGGCCACUCCCACCAAACCUUGUCGAGGGCAUGAACGACCUUUGGGAUGGGGUGGCUGAUGAUGCUGCACCUAUCCUCGUCUACUAG